AUGAAGUCUUCUGGGCGGAAAUCGGGCAGGUUUUGGUCGGAUUUGCUGAAAACGGAACAUGCUGGGGCUGGGAGCCGGGGUCCUGGAAAUGGAACUGGAGCCAUUAGAUUUGGAGAUCACGAUCUUGAUGCUGGAACAGGAGCAGUUGGAACUAGAGCUGUUGAGGCCGGAUUUGGAGCUGGUGGAAUCGGAAUCGGAGCUGGUGGGGGUAGAAUCGGGGCUGGUGGAGGUGAAAUCGGAGCUGGUGGAAGCGGAAUCGGAGCUGGUGGAGGUGGAAUCGGAGCUGGUGGAGGUGGGAUCGGAGAUGGUGGAGAUGGAAUCGGAGCUGUUGGACGUGUAAUCGGAGCUGGUGGAGAUGGAAUCGGAGCUUGUGGAGGUGGAAUCGGAGUUCGUGGAGGCGAAAUCAGAUCUGGUGGAGGCGGAAUCGGAGCUGGAGAUAAGAACCUGGAUUUUUUGCACAUAAGGGAAGAGAGAAACAGUGAGAAUCGUCAGUUCUCCAGCUUCAGCUGGAGAGCUGGAUCUGGAGUUUUCGGAGCUGGUUCUUGGAAUACAUCGACAACUUCAUGGCUAAUCUUGAUGAUUCAACUGAAACACUUUUACACAGACAUUCAAUGA